CGCGCAUCUGUUUGGGAGUACUUCCUGUUUGGGAGCCUGUCCAGGAAGCAGCAGUAUCGUGUCGCAUGGUUUCAACGCGUGGGACACCUGGGUGAUUUUCCAGACCUGAUCCGAUGCUGAGUGCUCAGCUCCCUGCUGCUAAACCAGCGGUGUGCAUCUUGUUGAUCACCAUGGCCCAGGUGGCCGGCCAGGAGGACGGAGAGAAAACCACAGCGCUCAAAGACUUGCUGUCAAGAAUCGAUUUAGAUGAGCUGAUGAAGAAAGAUGAGCCCCCUUUCACGUUCCCCAAAACCCUGGAGGAGUUUGAAUAUGCCUUCAAUGAGCACGGUCAACUCCGACACACCGAGACAGGAGAAGCGUUUAUCUUCAACGCGAGAGAGGAUCUCCACCGCUGGAACCAGAAACGUUACGAAGCUCUCGGAGAGAUUGUCACUCAGUAUGUUUAUGAGCUGUUGGAGAAAAAGUGCAACAUGACAAAAGCAAUCCUACCAGUAGACGCCACUGUGGAUGAGCCCACCAGUUUUAUCUACCUAAGCCCCAACGCCUUGUCUAAUCCGUCCAAGCUACUGGUGCUGAUCCAGGGCAGCGGCGUGGUGCGGGCCGGUCAGUGGGCCCGCAGACUCAUCAUCAACCAGGACUUGGAUUCUGGGACUCAAAUACCUUUCAUCACCAGAGCGAUGGAGGAGGGCUACAGCGUGAUGGUACUCAACCCAAAUGAGAACUACCUGGAGGUGGAGAAAUCGUCUUCCGCUCCGACCGAACCGUCGGGCGAACCCGUGGGAAAAAAGGAGCGCAAAGAUGACCAGGAGGGCAAGAAAAGGAGAGAAUUUUACGAAAAGUACCGCAACCCACAGAAGGAGACGGAGACGGACCGGGUCCCCGUACGGGAAAACGCUUCCUCCGAGGAACACGUGCUGUACGUGUGGGAUCACUUUGUGGCCAAAGCUGCAGCCAAGCAUAUCUUCAUCGUGGCCCACAGCUAUGGAGGGCUGUCCUUUGUAGAGCUGAUGAAUCACAGGGAAGCCGAGGUAAGGAACAAAGUGUGUGCUGUGGCUCUGACGGAUUCGGCUCACAGCAUGUGGCUGCAGGAGACCAGUAAAAGCACACAGGACUGGAUGCAGCAGCAUUGUUGCAACUGGGUCUCAAGUCCAGAGCCUUUGGACACACCACUGGACUCCAUGCUGCCAGACUGCCCACGCGUCUCUGCAGGCACGGAACGCCACGAGUUGACCUCCUGGAUGAGUUUCGAUUCCAUCUUCAGGUACUUCGGCAAGGUCGUGGAGACGAAACAGGACGAGAAGGCAGAGGAGACCUCCAGUACUGUUACCACGCGUAGCAGCGCACUCAAAAGCAAACACCAAGAUUUGUAAAUUGGAGUGUUUGGGGGAUGAAGGAGGCAAAGGUUUUGGUAUGUUUUUCUCGUUUUGUGUGACCGCCUUGUGUCGCUCCUUGUUUCCCUUCCAGCUUGACACACGAGCUUGUUUGUUGUUGGUGUUUUUGUAAGAGACGAGAGUUCGAUUCAGUGUUUUGGACAUCACAAUAACGUUUUGUUUAGCUUUCUAAAUGAGCGUAACUGUUAAAGCAAUAUUUGUGCUUCCCGAGGGUUUUAUAGCCAAAAUGGACACGGGAUGGGUACAGUGCCCUGUGGCACGCCAAACAUCAACCGUCCUGUUGUUAGAAAUUUUAUUUUCUUGCUUUUUUUUUUUUUUAUUUCGCUCAUGGUUAUUGUAACAAGUAUGUUUACCAUUGUUGUGUUGUUUUUAUGAUUUAUUUGUGGAACACCUCCACACGCAACUUUUUAAACUCACGUUUAACUUUGAGACAUUCUGUUUUCUUGUACGAAAUGUUCUUGGCUUCAGACAGUGUUGUGAAAAACGAUUUGCUCUCUUUUCAUCCUUUCCACAUUUCAAGCUCAUCAAACAAAUGUAAAUGACCAUUGAAGUGGGUACAUUUGAGAAGAGGGCAAAUACUUUUUGUAUGUUUGGAAAGAUGCAAAGAUACAACCAAAAGCGCUGAUUACCUCAAAUGCAACUCACCGAGCACCUUUAAAAUCACUUAAAGUCGAGCAUCAAAUGGAUUUAAGGGAUAUCGCAUUUGAACAGAAGCCGUAAAUCAGCUCUCAACACUCAAUAGAUGACACAUGUCGGAAAAUCCAAGAUCUCACUGUUAUUCUAAGCCUGAAUGAUGUUAGAGGAAUAUCUAUUUUUUUUCCCCCUCCAUUAAAGUCCUUUUCUUGUGUUCUUAGCUGUGACAACCGGCUGUUCAGUCGCACCUAAUCUUGAGUAUGUGACAUAAACAUGAUAAGAUUUUUUUAAGUUUCAUAAACCACUCAAGGCUUAACGGAAGACGCUUCUAAUGGGCGGCGACAUUUGCCAAAUCUCAAAGCUAAUGCUAAAUCUCAUGAUACCUCAGACACUUUCUUAAAUAUGUACUUUCCCCUUAUUCCCCCUUCACUUCACAUGGUGACUAUUGUUUAACUUUUAGCUGUGAAAUCCUAUUUCUCCCCCACGCCCAUUUUGUGUGUGUGUGUGUGUGUGUGUGCGGCUUAAUGCUUUUGAGGAUUAUCUUUGUGCUGUAAUGAGACAACUGUGCCUGAUGGUUUCAAGGCCUAAUUUCCUUUUAAUUUGAUUGCCAACUCUCCUGGUUUCAGCACAAAAAAAAAAAAAUGAUUUGCUUAUUAUUUGAUUUGAUGAUUUUGGUUUCCAGAUAACGUUGCUCGUCUUUCUGUUUUUGAAAUCUGCUCAUUUUCCCCUCUCUCCAUAAUUGUAUAUUGUUGCCUUGAGGGAACAAACAAGGCUCAGUGCUUCUUAAUAACAAAAUCGAACCGGAGAUGAAAGAGCUGCCGAAAAUCCAAAGCACCGCCUGCAAAGAAAUAAAAGGGGAUUUUUUUUUUGCCAAUUUCUCCUCAAGACAUUAUUUUUCAUCCUCGAUUCUUCUUUGUAUUUGUUUAAUAAAAUACCUGCAUUCAUGUUUGGAUUUCAUGAAAGGGCCGUGUGGUCAGUUUUUUUAUUUUAAUAUCUUUUCUUAACAGUUGAAAUGUUUCAAGUUCUUUAAAGGUUUGCAUUUGUACUAUACAAUGGUUCGGUUAUUGAAAACAACUAUUAAAAACAACUUUCAAAUGCAAAUAAAGUUUUGCAUUUUGGUUAUGAAUUUA